AUGGCGUCUAUGACAGGUUCCAGAACCCGUCGGUUCCUUGACAAGAUUGCCGUUGCAGAGGUUGAGCCUGGUCUUACAACAGGCCAACUCAUGCUGGCCAAUCAUGACUUGAAGCCCGUUGAGCCAGAGAGACGACUAUGGAGAGGACGAAACUUUGUCGCCUUUUGGAUAUCCGACUCCUUCAACAUCAACACAUGGAUGAUUGCGAGUUCGAAUAUCGUUGCAGGAAUGUCCUGGUGGCAGUCCUGGUUGACCGUUUGGAUCGGAUACACCAUUGCAGCCUUCUUCGUUUGUCUCACGGGCCGAAUUGCAGCAAAAUACCACAUUGCCUUUCCAGUCGUCUGCCGCUCAUCUUUCGGCGUGUGGGGAGGACUUUGGCCUGUUUUCAACAGAGCUGUGAUGGCUUGCAUUUGGUACGGAGUGCAGAGUUGGAUAGGCGGGACUUGCGUAUACCUUAUGAUUCGCUCGAUAUGGCCUUCUUGGGAUCGCUAUGGCGACGAUGGAGUACAAAACACGCUGUCUGCCUCCUCCGGAACCAACACCCGGGACUUCGUGAGCUUCUUCCUUUUCUGGMUCGGCUCUCUCCCAUUCCUCUGGUUCCCGGUGCACCAGAUCAAGCAUCUCUUCACGGUGAAAGCGUUCGUGGUACCAACGGCCGGUCUAGCCUUCUUCAUCUGGUCAGUUGUGAGAGCCGAUGGAAUUGGUCCGAUUGUCCACCAAGGUGCGAGUGCUUCAGGAAGCACGCUGGCAUGGGCGAUUGUCUCCGGUAUAAUGUCUGCGAUUGCCAACUUCGCCACCUUGAUUGUCAACGAUCCAGACUUUGCUCGGUUCGCACGCCGGCCUGAGGAUGCUCUUCUACCACAGUUCCUGUCAAUUCCCUGCGGGUUUGCUGUGACCUCCUUUAUUGGCAUCAUUGUCACGUCCUCCGCCACCGUCAUAUUCCCGAACGAGGACCCCAUCUGGUCGCCACUCACGCUACUCAUGAGAUUUCUGGAUGAGCCUGGAGUCAGUAGUGCAACACGAUUUGGAGUCUUCGUCAUAGCUGCAGCGUUCACUCUUGCGCAGCUAGGGACCAACAUUGCAGCAAACUCAAUCUCGGCUGGUACGGAUUUGACAGCGCUCCUUCCUAGAUGGAUCAACAUUCGUCGUGGAUCUUACUUGUGCGCUGGAGUUGGCCUGGUAAUGUGUCCUUGGCACUUGCUAUCAAGCAGUUCGAACUUCACAACCUCSCUAUCCGCAUACUCGGUCUUUCUCUCCAGUGUCGCUGGCGUGAUGAUCUCCGACCACUACUUCGUGCGAAAAGGAUACCUCCAAAUCCGUGACCUCUACAGCGAUCUCAAGACUGGGCCUUACUUCUAUCACUACGGAAUCGGCUGGCGCGCGUACGCGGCGUACAUUGCUGGUAUCCUUCCAAAUCUUGUUGGAUUCGCUGAUGCAGUUGGUGCACCCAACAUGCCCAUGGGAGCAAUCUAUAUCUACCGACUCAACUUCUUCGCGGGAUUCAUCACGGCGUCGGCUGUGUAUUACAUCCUAUGUCGUAUAUGGCCAGUUCCUGCUGUGAGCGAUUCUUGGUUCGAAGUCGAUGAUGAUGAUCAGUCGGGCACUUUGAUGUAUGGAGUUGAGGCCUCGGACGAAGAGAAUGCUUUUGGAGAGGAGAGUGUAAAGGCAAAGAUGGAUUAUACGAAGUGA